UUUGAACUGGGGAGAAUCUCCUCUUUGGCCGAGUGGGAGCACAUCUCCGAGCUGCUGACUGACAGACGUGAUGUUUUCCCGGUUGCUGUCGGUGGCCCGGAGACAAAGGACCGGCCGAGGAUGGCAGAACUGGUCGUCGGGGAGAAGCGGUGCGCCAGCUGCCGAGGCGCAUUCUGUCGCCCUGCCUGCCCAGGCACAGGUGGUCAUCUGUGGCGGUGGAAUCAUGGGCACAUCCGUGGCCUAUCACCUCUCCAAGAUGGGCUGGAAGGAUAUUGUCCUUUUGGAGCAGGGCAGGCUGGCCGCUGGCUCUACGAGGUUCUGUGCCGGCAUCCUGAGCACCGCCAGGCACUUGACCAUCGAGCAGAAGAUGGCAGACUAUUCCAACAAACUCUACCAGCAGUUAGAGCAAGAAACAGGGAUCCAAACAGGUAAGCAGGUACUGUGCCAUUUACUGGUCUGCCUGUGGCCCGGACUCUUUCACUCAGCACCAUAUGCGGUCCGACACCAAGCCUGCCCGGGGAUUCUAGCUGAGGCUUGAGUUUCAGUCCGAGCUCCGCACUCGUCCUGGUCUCACCUCGGGCAAGUGUGUGAGCGUGUUGAGCUGUCUCCCGUUUCCUUAUCUACCGAGGGGAUUCGGUGAUUAUCUCGGAUCCUAUCCAGAUGCCAGAAUUCCUAUGAUGUGAAAGUUUUCCUGUGCCAUUUCCUAUUUCAGUCUCUGAAGUGUAUAUUAGGUGGCCACAUCUGGCUCCCGAAGGAGGAAGAGAAGGAAGUGCUUAAGUUUUGGUGCUCGACAGUGAAAUCAUAGUCUGAGCCGCUGAAUCUCACCAGUUGCGCUUAAGGAUAUUUGUGACUGUAAAGCUUAAGCGUAUGUUACCCCUUGUGUGCGUCACCAAGGGAAGAGAUCCCGGGGAAUCGUGAGCCGAAUACGACCGGAGCAAGUAGGACGGGGAGACCGAGCUAUGGGGCGGUUCCAUAUGAGAACAAGUGGGAAGCAGGUCUGUCAGCUUGUCGCGAGGUGAUGGACUAGCCAGUAGCCCAGGGUUGAGCCUGUGUCGUAGCUGGUGAAACCGUUUGGUGGCCGCGGGAAUUGUCCUAAGCGAGUAGCUGGGCCUAGUCGCUCGUGUAGCUCAGGGCUGCUCUUCAGAACACCUGCGUGAUUCAGAUCACAGGGAAGUCAAGACCCCUCCUGACAAGGACGGUAGCUCGAUCUGCGUGCCAGCUGAGGUGGCUCUGCCAUGUGGUCACGGGGUACGCACGGCCUGUGGCUCACUUUGCCGGCCAACUGGAAAUUAUGUGGCGUGUGACACAGUUUUCACUGGGGAAGGUGAGAUUAUAAUCAUUAGAGAUUCUGACGACAGACUACGGUUUUAUAGCUUUCCCUUUCAUAUAAUUCGCACUCUGGUGAAGUGUGACCUUGUUUGUCAAUUCUGGGUUAAGAUGAGCGUCCUGUAACAGGAUUGGGUAGAUGUGGCAGUGGAGAAGGGGAGAUGCCAGGAGAGGAGCUACAGGCAGGCAGGAAGAGGCUGUACGUGCUUGGGCACGUGAGCAGGGUUCCCCGGCCGGCCCUGCGCUGGCCCAGUGCUGAGAGCGGGCGCCUCAGCCGCCUCACCCUGGUCCCUGCCCGGUAGACGAGCCCGACUCCCAUGGUGUCCUCGCUCUCGGCCAGGCUUGCUUUUGAGAGGCGAGGACUCGCGAGUGAAGAUGGUAAAUGUGCUUGGUGCCUGCCGCUGCACCGUCUCUGGCUUCUGUUAGGGAAGAUGCGGGAUACGUGCAGGACAGGCGGAAAGAGUCCCUCUGGGUUGGAUUUAACUUGAUGGCAACCGGUACUUGAAUCGGGUAUCUACCAGGGAUUGAGUCAGCAGAGGGUCCGUGUAAUGGGCCCAGCGCCAGAACUGCUGACUUCCGGUCCACCGGUUCCGUUCCUCGUGCUUUGCCGGG